AUGGAGAUGUCUUGGGGAAUUGUGCAUGUCGAUCGUCUUAGGGCCGAUUGCUGGCAUUGUUUUGCUCUCGGUAUUCGGUCCAAGUUGUCUGGUCACGUACUUUGCUGUUGUCCUUUGGGGGGUCUAGUGUGGUUAGUGGUUGGAACUGCAGAGUAA